GGCUCAAGCUGAGUAGCUCAGACUUAGCAACUGGGAUGUCGGCAACGACCGUGGCAGCUUCCGGCACAAUGCCGACCGCUGUAGCACGGAGGACGUGAUGGCACAUUCGCGUUGUGUUCUUGCGCGAUGCUGGCAUCCGUAGGCAGGCACAGAUGACCACCAAAGUAAGUCCUUCGCAGGGCCCGCACAGCGUCGGCAUCGCCGAGAAGACUCCGCCCCACAGAAGACUAUCGAGUUGGAGAUGGGUGAUGCUCUCGAUCCUCUGCCUUGACAUCUGCGUUAGCUAUCUCCCCUACUACACAUUUGUGCCUAUCCUGCGCCAGAGCAUGCAGGUCUACGGGGCGGACGAGACAGCCCUGGACUGGCUCUGCAUUGUGUACGCUCUGGUGUUUGUGCCGGGCGCCUUCUUGACGGGACCCAUCGUAGGCAAGAUCGGCUGCCGCUGGACGUUCAUCUUGGCGAUGGUGCUCAACGUCGCUGGUUGCGUCGUGCGCUGUGGUCCGCAAUUCUUGAUGAGCUUCCUCCUCGUACCAACGACGCUGCUGCACCCUUUCCGCGAAGGCUCCAGCUUUCCGUGGAUCGACAACGCCAGCGCGCCUACCAAUCCCGGCAGCGUGCCAGCGUCGUCGCCGGAGCCGGCGGUGAUGCCUUACGCGUGGUUGCUGAUCGGGCAGGCGCUGUGUGCGAUGGGGCAGCCGCUGCUGGUGAACACCACCUCGGAGAUGGGGGCGGAGUGGUUCCCGCCGCACGAGCGGCCCACGGCCGCCAUGGUCUCGAACCUGAUGAACUUUGUCGGCAGCUCGCUCUCCUUCUCGGCGACUGCAAAGGGUGCGGCUGCGCCGGGGUGUGGUCUGCGACGGGCACCGCUGGGGCCUGGGGGGCACGACGCUGCCCUCGUUCUGACCUCCUCGGGGCGCGGCGGAGAGCUCCGUCGAGGUCCUCGCCCGCCCCCCAAGGGUGCCCCCCGGGGUGCCAGGUGCAAGCCACACCCGUGGCAGGCCACGCCCUUCGGAGUCGCCGAUCUUCAUGCUCCCGCCCUUGCUCGUGGAGGAUCACCCCGAGAGCCUGGAGUCGGCCGAGCGGGAGAUGACGCGCCUCAUGCAGUUCCAGCUCGGCACCGCCUUCGUCUCCCUGGUGGUCACGGCGGUGCUGUACCAGGACCCGCCCGCGCGGAGCGCCGCGGGUCUCGAGAGACCCGAGGUGCCAUUCCACCAGGAGCUGCUGGCGAUGCUGAGCCUGCGGGAUUUCUGGGUCGUCAACGGGCAGUUCGCGGUGUACGUCGCCCUGGGCCACGCCUUCGACGCCGUCGAGGGCACUCUCUUGGAGCAUUAUGGCUACAGUGCUUCAGUCGCAUCUUGGACAGCACUUGCCUGCGCAAUCACCUCUAUCCUGAGCACCCUGCUCGAGGCCAAAUACAUCGACAGCCCCACCAUGUAUAAGAGCGCCCUCCUCAUCGCCAAUGGCUGUUUGGUCGCUGCUCUGCUAAUCGGAUUUCUCUCCCUGCACUUCCGAAUGGACGAGAGAUGGUUCAUCGCCGCACUCGCCAUCUUUGGGCUCGCCACCCCCGGCUGGGGCUGCAGCUGCGAGCUGGGGGCAGAGGUCUGCUACCCGGCGCGAGAGGCGACGGUGAGCUCGUUCAUGGAGGCAUUUGGGAACUUGCUCGGCGUUUUCGGGAUCAUGGCGACGCAGAGCCUCAUCGACGCCGGCUACGGGGCCAACGUGCUGCUGCUCAUGGCCGCCUGUGCGGGCGGUGGCGCCGCCAUGCUCCUCGGCCUGAGCGGGCGGCUCUGGCGGUCCGAGGCCGAGGCCGAGGAGGAGGAGGCGCCCGACGGGCAGGACGUGCAGGCGCCGACCCCGAAGGCCACGCGCUCGCCUCGGCACUCGGCGGUGUGCGACGUGUCGAAACAGAGGCGUAUCAGCCCGCGCUGCCAGCAGGUCGUGGCCUUCGCCACCAGCAGGACCGGCCUCGCCCUGCCCGAGCCGCUGCGAAGGAUCUCGGGCGGGAGGGCCACGUUCAUCGUCACCGCAAGCGUGAUCAUCUGCAGCCUCCCGCUGCUCCAGUUCGGCCACGUCACCUACCAGCCAGAGCUGCACGAGUUCACGAGGGCGGAGUACCCAGGGCUCGCCGUCUCCUCUGCGCUGCCUGCCUUGGGUCCCGGGGAGCCGGGCAGCAUCAACAGCACGGCCACCAACGGCACGGCCGCUCGUGGGGGAUUGGGCGUCGUCUUGGCGAACGGAUUUCCGGAGCCUGUCAACGUCGUUAUCCACUGCGCUCAGGACACCAAGAAGCUGCAGCGUUUCACCAAGCGCAUGAGAGAGGCGAACCUCUCCUUCGAGGUGUUCGACUGCUUCACUGGCAGCGCGCGCGAGGUCUCCGACGCCGUGCGCGCCCGCCUGCUGCCCUCGACUGCCCUCGGCGCGGUGGAGGGCGUCACCCGCGCCGGGCUGGCUCGGAAGACACUCAUUGGCAAGGCCAUCUCCCACCUGAGGCUCAUGAGGAAGAUCAGCUCGACGAGUGGGUGGAGGACCGUGAACGUGUUUCAGGACAGCGAGGCCAUGCAGACCGACUUCCGCUGGAAGCGCAACGCGCUUCUGGGAAGUCUCCCUCGCAAUACGGACUUCGUGAACCUGAACACGCUGCGGCCAGCCGGCGACCGGGCGUUCGGCAACACAAAGUUGCCCAAGAACAAGUCUUGGAUGAUGAAGCACGUGUUCCGCAUGAAGCAAGGGCUCUCUCCCUUCACGAAUGGCUGGUUGGGAAACUACGUCGUGACAAAGAGGGGCGUCAAGAGGAUGAUGACGCAGGGGUCCACCUACGACACGUUUGGCAAAUGGCAAACGUUUGAGCAGCACGUCUUCGCCCAGUAUCCGGCGCCCCGCAUGGCCGGGUUCGUUGGCUUCUCGGUGUCGUCGGGCGUGAUGUCCGUGCGAUGCGAGAUGCGGCACGGCAAGUUCGCCCCCCGGUCCGCCCGCAUGUGCGCGCUGCCUUGAGGCCGCGCUUCAGACCAGCAUAGCGCAGCGGCUGAUGCCCAUCUUCCCCCUCCUCCCUUCCGUCCUCCUCGUCGUCCUCCUUUCCUCUUCCCUCCUCCCCAUCGUUUCUCCCUCCUCCCUGGUUGUGUCCUCCCGCACGCCUCCUCCACCAUUGUUGGUUCAUCUGCGGCUGCACGUGGAAGCUUGGAAAAGGCGGCAAA